CUAGCUUAAAGCUUUGGUAGUUGUUAGUUAGUUGGUUGGGUUUUCCAUUACUUUGGGGCACCCAAAAUGGCUUCCUUUGGUUGCUCUUCCACACUUGGCCUCCUACUCUCUUGCAUUUUCACCACUCUGCUUCUCUGCAAUGCCACCCAUUACCACAACCCUGUCCAGCGCCACCGCCACCACCCCCGAGUCGCCAGCCACAAUUACAAAGAUGCCCUCACCAAGUCCAUCCUCUUCUUUGAGGGGCAGAGGUCUGGGAAGCUCCCUCCUAACCAGAGGCUUAACUGGAGGAGAGACUCUGGUCUCUCUGAUGGCUCAGCCGCGCAUGUUGAUUUGGUUGGAGGGUACUAUGAUGCAGGGGACAAUGUCAAGUUCGGGUUCCCCAUGGCUUUCACCACCACCAUGCUUUCAUGGAGUGUGAUUGAGUUUGGUGGGUUGAUGAAGGGUGAGUUGCAGAAUGCCAAAGAAGCCGUUCGUUGGGCCACCGAUUACCUUCUCAAAGCAACAGCUCACCCAGGCACCAUUUAUGUCCAGGUUGGAAAUGCUGUCAGUGACCAUGCUUGUUGGGAGAGACCAGAGGACAUGGACACCCCAAGAAGUGUUUACAAGAUUGACGCAAAUACCCCUGGGUCUGAAGUAGCAGGUGAAACUGCUGCUGCUCUUGCAGCUGCUUCAUUGGUCUUCAGGAGAAGUGACCCCGUUUAUUCUAAGCUUUUGGUCAGGAGGGCUAUGAGGGUGUUUGAGUUUGCUGAUAAGCACAGGGGAGCCUACAGCAAUGGAUUGAGGAAAUUUGUGUGUCCGUUCUAUUGUGACUACUCUGGAUAUCAGGAUGAAUUAUUAUGGGGAGCUGCUUGGCUGCACAAGGCCACCAAGAACCCAUCCUACCUGGGCUACAUUCAAUCUAAUGGCCAGAUUCUCGGCGCCGCACAGUUCGAUAACACAUUCGGAUGGGAUAACAAGCAUGUUGGAGCAAGAAUUCUUCUCUCCAAGGCAUUUCUAGUCCAGAAGCUACCAGCCCUCCAUGAAUACAAAGGGCACUCUGAUAAUUUCAUCUGCUCCAUCCUACCAGGCUCUUCAUCAACCCAAUACACCCCAGGUGGUCUUUUGUUCAAAAUGAACGAUAGCAACAUGCAAUAUGUGACCUCUACUUCCUUCAUGAUCUUGGCCUAUGCCAAGUACUUAACCUCUUCCCGUCAGGUGGUUAACUGCGGUGGCACCACCGUCACCCCAAAGAAACUCAAAGCCAUGGCCAAAAGACAGGUGGACUAUCUACUAGGGGACAACCCCCAGAAGAUGUCCUACAUGGUAGGGUAUGGCCCAAGGUACCCACAGAGGAUCCACCACAGGGGAUCAUCACUACCCUGCAUUGCCUCACACCCGGCCAAGAUCCAGUGCUCCUCAGGCUUCAGUGUGAUGAAGUCCCAGUCUCCAAAUCCUAACAUCUUAUUGGGUGCUGUGAUCGGUGGGCCGGACCAGAAUGACAGGUUCCCCGAUGACCGGUCGGAUUACGAGCAGUCGGAGCCGGCCACAUACAUUAACGCUCCCCUUGUAGGAGCACUAGCUUAUCUUGCUCACUCAUUUGGCCAACUCUAAAGAGUGACCCAGAUAAUGAGUCUCAGAUUCUCUCCAACUUGUUAGGUUUUUGGUUUGAAUAUUGUUAAGCUCUUCUUUUUAGUUAUCGGAUGCAAAGUGCACGUGGUGAUAGGGCCGAGACCGAGAGGGUGUCGAGCCAGGCCCCGAACUACGAAGCACAGUUGGUCAAGGUCUAGAUGAUGAAGAUGAUGGCCUUGGUUCUAUAUUGUAUUAGGGUUAAAAAUGGUUAUUAAUAGUUUAGGGCUUAAGAUCCUUGGCGCGAGAGAAAGCUUCGUGCCUGUAACG